AUGGAGUUGUUUUUCUUAAAAAAAGAAAAUGAAUUAAAAGAAAUAUAAUAGGAGAUAAAAACCUAAGAAUUAAAAAUUGGAGAAAUUGAGAUUAAUAUUAAAAAUUGGAAAUAAUACAUUUAAAACAUAAUUAAUUACUUAAAAUUAAUUGAUACUUUAAAAUCAUUAUAAAAUAGAAUUUCUAUUGCAAAUUAAGAUCUUGAUAAACUCGUAACCUAAUUCUAAGAUACUGAAGAAUAAUCAAAAACUCUGGAAAAAUAAUAAUAAUCACUGCAAAUAUAAAUGAAUGAAGUAAAUGAAAUGAAUAAUCAGAUCUUAUAGUAAUUUUAAAAUAUAGAUAAGUAAAUUGGUUAAAUUAAUGAUAGAUUUGAUCAAGUUAAAACAUUUUAAGAUUAUUUAAUCUAGUUUUAGACUCUAACAUAAUAAGAGAAAUAGUCUUUAGAAUAGAAUCAAUAAAGUACUUUUUUGAACUUUACACUUUAAGAGGUAUUAAAAAAAUUGUAAGAAAAUGAAAUUUAUAUACAAAAACUUGAAGAUGAAUAAUUAGAAUCAAAUUAAAAUUUAAGAACUUUUAAUUAAAUUGAAAAGUAUGCCGAAAAAUUGAAAAAAUAGUAAAAAUAAUUAGAUUAGCUUACUUAAAAUAAACUUGAAGUACAUUCAUGUUUAAGUAAAAGUCAUAAAUGUGAUUAAGUUUGUUAGAUAUGUCCAAAUAAGAUAUGUGAUAAAAAGGCUGGUCAUGAUUAAAAUCAAGAACAUUUGUGUUCUGAAAAAGAUCACAAAUGUAAUGGUAAAUGUGAUAUAAGAGAUUGCUAAAGUGCUUGUUGGAAAAGCUAUGGUCAUGAAAAAUAACAUAAUUGCUAAAAUGAUCAUCCUUGUAAUGAGAAAUGUAACUACUGUGAUAAAAAUUGUUAAACAGAUCGUUCGAUUCCUCAUAAUAAUAAUCAUGAUUGUAAGGAUAUAUAUUGUAAUUAAAAUUGCAGUUUAUGCUAACGAAGAUGUAAAGAUCCUCAUAAUAAAUCUAGAAAUUAAGGACAUCAUUUUUGUGAUUAAUAACAUUACUGUUAAGAAAAAUGUGAUGAAAAAGGUAUUUGCAAAAUAGAUUAUGAAAUCAAAGAAGCUACAUGGAAGUCUUCAAUAUCUGAAUUUUAAUACAUAAAAUAUAUACCAAAAGAGAACGGAAAAUAAAAAUGUCAUUUCGAAAUUCCUAAUGGUAAACUUAAACAUGAUGGAAAGCAUCUUUGUAAAAAUGAUACUGAUAAAUAAUUUCAUAAUUGUAAUUAAAAAUGUCCAGAAUGUAAUACAUUUUGUGAUUUGAAAUAUGGCCAUUAAGGAAUCCAUUCUUCUGAAAGACAUAGAAAUAAAGAAAAUUAAAUAUUUACUUAGAAAUAUGGUCAUUUAGAAUAAAUUUAAAUCUAUGAUAGUAAAGAUAUUAUUAGAAAAUAUUAAAUUGGUGAUAGUUCUGAGCCUGAAACAUGUGACUAAAGUUGUAAAAGAAGAGGAAAAGCUCAUUUUCAUUUAGUAGAAUGCAAAGGUGAUAAUUUAUGUUUAGAAUAAAAUUAAAAUUUUAUAAAUAAGGCAAGACAUUCAACAGAAAAAUAUGUAAAUUUUGAAGAAUUUAAUUUUGAUGAAGUAUUGUGUUUUGAUUUUUGGUAAUAUAAUUAAUGGUCCCAUCCAAUCUAAAAUGAAAUUAAUAAUAUUAGAAGAUGUAAUUAUUAUUGCCCACUUUGUUAUUUUUAAAAAAAAGAAUAUGAAUUUUGCGAAUUAGAAGCUUGGCAUACUAAAGAUAAUAAAAUAAGUAGUCAUAGAUUUUUUUGCUCUGAAGAACAUAAAAAAAAUUAAAUUUAAGGAAUUAAUAUUGCCUUUGUUUUAGAUACAACAGGAUCUAUGGCUAAUUAUAUAUAAAUGUGUAAAGAAAUAAUUAAAGAUAUUAUGAAAAAAGCAAAAUCUCAUAAAAAUAUAUAUGGGGAAGCAUUAAAUGUGAGUUUUGCAGUUAUAUCAUACAAAGAUCAUGAUUAUCCUUAUUAAUCAUCAUAAAAAGUUUUAGAUGUUGAAGAUUUCACCUCAGAGAAUGUAAUAAUUGAAUUCUUAAAUAAAUAAACUGCAGAUGGAGGAGGAGAUAGUCCUGAAGCUGUUUUGGAUGGUUUAAAUGCUUCAAUUAAAUUAACUUGGGUUGAUAAAUAAUAUGUCAGGCUUCUUUAUUUAAUUGCCGAAUCUCCUCCACACGGAGUAUAAUAUCAUAAUUUUCAAGAUAAUUUUCCUGAAGGUUGCCCUUGUAAGCUAAACUAAAAAAAUAUCCUCUCAGUAUUAUGGAAGAAAAAAAUCUAGUUUAAAAUAUUGUAACUUAAUGAAUCCAUUAAUGGAAUGAUAAGCGAAUUUAAAAAGGAUUUUGAAGAUUUAGAAGUUAUGGAUCCAUAAAACAGCGAUUUAGUAAACUCAUUUAAAAAUUUAAUUGUUUCUGACGUUUGCAACUAUUUUGUUCAUAAUGAAAUUACAUUUUAAAUGAAAAGCUGUUCUUAAAUAGAUAAAUGA